AUUUUACCCGUGAGUCGUGACAGCGCUCAGGGCUUUUGUGAACGGGCCGAACUCCUGGCCAACGAUUUCGCUUUUACACCCCGGCCGUUCUCCAGGAAAAAGACCGUCUUACUAAGGCUGUUUACAUUUCGCUAAAGAUGUCGCUACUUAUCUCGACACUCCUGGCAACAAACGCAGAGCCUCGCGCUACAAAUGUCGUCAAGGACAAGGCUACCAAAGGACAUCGUGCGGAGACCCCAGAGGUUUAUCAUCCCUUGCCAUCUCACGAAUUGCACGUGCAAGCGACGAUGAAGUAAUCGACGUCAUAUUCCACUUAAUGCAGCGGCCCGAAGCGUGGCCAGUCGAUGAGCUGACCCCACCCACAAUUAGAUCGAGAUAAGCCACGAUAAGCUUCUCCUGAAUCAAAUUUGACUCUCCUGCCCUGCUUAAACGUACUCAUCAUGUCGUCUACCACAGCAUCAACACCGCUCAUCUUCCACGGGACUUUCAUCCACUCCAACAACCCUCAAGAAGUUGAGAUCAUCCAGAAUGGACUCCUGGUCAUCUCGCCCGAGGGCAAGAUCAUUUUGCUCCAGCGCAACAUUCCCCGAGCAGACGUCCAAACCACCUUGACCGAUAUUCCCAAGAUCCCCAAGAUCCCAAAGCUACCCCAUCUCCCAUCCCUACCCAUCCGCUUCCUCAAGCGUGGCGAGUUUCUGAUCCCUGGCUUCGUCGACACACACAACCACGCCCCACAAUGGACCCAGCGCGGCACAGGUCGCGGCCUUCCCAUAAUGGAGUGGUUAAACACCGUGACCUUCCCUCACGAAGCCAAGUUCGCAGACAAAGCCUACGCUCACCGUACCUACGCCAGCUGUGUUUCUGGCUUCAUCCGCCAGGGCGUGACAUUAGCUGCAUACUACGGCAGCCUGCACGGCGAAGCAACCAAGAUCCUCGCCGAGACAUGUCUCGAAAAGGGCCAGCGCGCCCUGAUCGGUAAAUGCAAUAUGGCGCGCAACGCACCGGACUUCUACCGCGACGCAUCCAACGCCGAAUCCCUCGCCGUCACGCAGGACGUCAUCGCACACGUCAAACGCCUCGAUCCAGCAGGGGACAUAGUCCGGCCGAUUAUCACCCCGCGCUUCGCCAUCUGCUGCGACGAAGAGCUAUUGUCAGGCAUCGGCGCCAUCGCCGCCCAAAACCCCGACAUCAUGAUCCAGACGCACUUCAAUGAGACCAAACAAGAAGUCGCGUUCACUCGCGAAUUAUUCCCGCAAUUCAAAAACGAGGCCGACUUGUACUUGCACUUCGGGCUAUUCAACUCUCGCACCAUCAUGGGCCACUGCAUUUUCCCUAGCGACUACGAAAUCGACAAGCUGAGAGAGCACGACGUCGGCGUCGCCACGUGUCCGGUCAGCACGACCACGGUAGAAACAUGGGGCGCCGCGCCCAUACGUAAGUAUCUCGACAUGGGAAUCAAAGUUGGCUUAGGCACGGACUCUGGCGGCGGCUACAGCAGCAGUAUCCUGGACGCGAGUCGGCAGGCGUACAUUACCAGCCACGCCCGACAGACAUUGACGGACGGCAAAGAAACCUCGCUCACGCUGAAUGAGUGCUUUUACCUGGCGACGUUGGGAGGGGCCAGGGUGUGUUGUAUGGCGGACAAGAUAGGCUCGUUCGAGGUUGGGAAGGACUUUGACGCGUUGGAAAUCAACGCGCUGGUGGAAGGGCAGAUUGCCGUCAUUGAAGACGACGACCCGAUCGGCAUGAUCUUCGAGAAGUUUAUGAUGACCGGAGACGACCGCAAUAUCGUAAAAGUUUAUGUCAGAGGGAGGUCGAUAAAGUCGUAGUUGUGCUCUGUGACAGGUAUCUAAGCCUUCAUCGUUAUGAUCGUACGAUAGACUGAUACAACCACUGUGCAGCUCAAACUUCUCAGCUUGUACUCGUCCGGAAGAAGUCACCAGUCUAGCACGAGAUCUGUAUUUUCAAGUAGGGAAAAGCAUCAAAGUUAUAGUAAUGAAGCAAUCGGCA